UUUAGUAAUAUUUUUACAAUAUUAAUAAUGAUCAAUAUAUGAAUAUCGGUUUGUUUAGAUAAGUUUUGGAAUUGUAAUUAAUUAAUUAAAUUGAUUUUAAAUGCAGUGGUAAAAUAUGUAAACAAAAAGAUAUACAAAAAGGAAGUACCUAAAAAGAAAUUUCAAAACCCAAAAAAUCUAUACCCGCAAGAAACAACUCGUACUUACAUGGGUACCCGAAUGUCUAUGCCUAACUGAUUCCGUAAACAAAUAAAAAAAUUAUUUUAAAGUGUUUGGCUAAAUUAAAUGAAAUAAUUUUUUUUAUUUAGUAAUAUUUGUACAAUAUUAAUAAUGAUCAAUACAUGAAUAUCGAUUUGUUUAGAUAAGUUUUGGAAUUAUAAUUAAUUAAUUUAAAUUCAUUUUAAAUGUAGUGGUAGAAUCUGUAAAUAAAAAGAAAUACAAAAAGAAAUACCUAAUUUAUUAUAAAUGCAAUGACUAAAUGUAUAAAUAAAAAAAUACAUAUACCGCUAUCCAAGUUUCCAAACAAUUCUCAUUUAAUAUUGUCAUCCAUGUUUCCAAACAAACUUCCUUUUUAAACUGCAAUUCAUGUUUUCAAACAAACCUAAUUUGUACUUCAGUUUUAAUAAUAAUCAUAAUCUUGAUAAAUUACAUGAAAAUAAAAUAGAAAAGGAAAGGAAAAUAAGAUUUAUAUCAUUGAAGAGGAAAACUGCUCAAAUACAUAUAUGCAAAGUAUGCGAUUCACUAAAAAAAAAAGGAAUAUCAACACCAUUGUUUAAUAGGAAAACAAAAAAAAAAGUAUCGACUUCUAUGUGUAUAAAUAGAGAAUGCGGGCAUUGUGAUAUCUAUUCGUAAAUAUACAAACAUGGACACGAUCAGUCAAUUGUCAGAUGACUUGCUCAUCCGAAUACUGUCACGUCACUGGACGAAACAUGUCAUGGCCACAUGUUGUUUGUCGAAAAGAUGGCUGCUUCUUAGGAGUUUAGUUCCAAGACUUAAUUAUGAUGAUAGAAGCUUCCGUGAUGAAAACUAUGCGACCUUCACGCAGUUUGUUUACAGGUCUUUGAUGUCAAAUAAGGCACCGGUUCUAGAGGCCUUGUAUCUCUGUCUAGGUCCCAAGUCUCAAGCAAUAGAUGUUGGAAAUUGGAUUGAAACUGCAGUUGUUUGUCACCGUGUGCAAGCGAUUUCAGUUGAUAUCCGUUCUUCUGAUGAGAAAGGGACCAUGAUCAGCUUGCCGAGUAGCAUGUAUACAUGCCAAACAGUAGAAACCUUGGACCUAUAUAAUCGCUUGCGUUUGGAUGUUCCUUUUUCUGUUCGUCUCCCGUCUCUGAAAAAAUUGACACUUGCAGACGUGGAUUACGCAGAAAACAAGGUGUCGUCUCUUACGAGGCUUUUAUCCGGUUGUCCUAAUCUUGACUAUCUUUUUUUGGCCCAUGAUAACCUGGACGUGGCUCUCAUGGUGCCUUCUCUUCGGAUAUUGAGAAUGUAUAAUACCGGAAGAUACCAAAAGGGUGGCGGGUUUGUGAUAGAUGCUCCGUCUCUCGUGUCCCUAUUCAUUCGAGAUUAUGUCCUUUACGACUUCCAUCGAAUUGAGCAUAUGCCUAACUUAGAACAUGCACAUGUUGACAUAACUUGGGCAGUACGUAACCACAAGUUUCUGAAAGCUUUUACUUGUGCCCGCUCGCUUACUCUAUGUUUACCCUUUUUAGAGGUUCUAUCUCCUUGUGGCAUGAUCUUCCACAAUCUCGUUGAUCUGAAACUGAACACAUGUGCUCAAGGUUGGUGGGAUCUUGUCACUCGUAUGCUCGAAGAUUCUCCUAAUCUAAAAUUUCUCAAACUCCAUGAUGAACAUUUGCUUCAUGAGUUUACUAGUAUAGAAACCCCGGAUAGCUGGAAGCGACCAAGUUCUGUUCCCAAGUGCUUGUUGCACAGUUUUGAAACUUUCGAGUGGGAAGGUUACAAAGGGAGACGAGGAGAUGUAGACAUGGCCACAUACAUUAUAACGAACGCUACUCGUUUGAAGAAAUCAAAUUUCUCGUCACAACCCCGUGAUGAUUCGGACGGAGGUAGGAUACACCGCGACUUGAAUAGUUUGCAUGCGGCUUCACCUCAUCUUAUGUUCUUGACCCAAGAAAGAAACAAGAGGCAAAGACUAGAAAUAUAACCGAAUUAGGUCUUGCUGCUAAUUUUAAGGAAAAAUAUUUAUAGUUUUCAUAUACAAUGAUUAAUCAUUGAUGUAAUAAACUUAAUAUAGGCAACCAGGUCAAUGAACUAUUAAGAUAAUAGUCAAAAGGUGAUAUGUAGAACAGGCAACACCGGUUUGCACUACUCAUUUUAUCUCUUUGAAUUAUCUUUUGCAUUACUCAAUUAUGGUGUUAUCUUUGCACUAGCAACAUACAGUAAGGAAGCUUGUUGAGAUGGUGACAGGCAAGUCGCACUGGUUUUCAAAACUGGGCUCCAAUUUGUGGGCAUUGAUGAAAUGACAGAAUUUAAAUUAUAAAAUCAUAAGGCUGUUAAUCAUACCUCUUAAGAUCCUACCAUUCUCCCAAUUGUGGGCUCUGGAACAAUCAUAGAUGUUACAUAUGUACAUAGCCUAUAUAGCAUGAGCCAUAAACAUAAUACAAAGUUGUUAUUCAUAGAAAAUAAAAUUAGAUUGGUUUUGUACCUUAUUUGGUUUAUAAUUUUAUAUUAUUUGCCACAAUAUAAGUUAUGACUCUAUACGUUGUUUUGGAUUAAAAAGCUGUGGACUGCUCUUGGAUUACUUGGACUAUAUUUCGGCUGAAUGAAUAAAAAUAUAUGAAACUAUGGGCUGCCCUUUUUCAACCUUAUAAUUUUUAUAUAUCUUGAAAAAAUCAGAUCCUGGAAAAUGCAAAUAAAUCCAGUUUUACUGAAUCACAGAAGAUGAAAAUUUAAAAUAUAUAUAUUCUUCAAAUAAGAUAUACAUCCGGAACAACAAAGGAGUUGUUAUUGAUAGCAUUUAACUCCACCCCGAUGGCGAUUGCGGGGGCGAUAUCCCUAGGGUUUCAAAUCGAAGUAACAGAUCCGCUACCAUAGAACUCCUCCGCGAGUCUCAUUCAACGUAUUCUUCUCCUCUGAUACGUUGCCCCCAAUAAGAAUCUGGAAUUACUCAGAUCUUAAUUUAGCCCUUGUGGCUACCACACACUGAGCUCUUGUGGCUUCAUUCCCAUUUUCCAUUAAGCCCUAGUGGCUUCUUUCACUUCCAUUAAGAUUCUUAUAGCUUCCAUCCCCCCCCCCCCCCAAAACCCUAAACUUUGACGGAGAAAACCAGAUCUACUCUCGCUCGGAAUCAAUCAACCUCAGAUCUACUCCAUCUCUCUCGCACCAUACCUGGGCAGCUUCAACCAGACCGACAGAGAUGUUUCGUCCAAAGAAAAAGAAGGAACUCUCCCUCAUGGAGGAGCUUAGAGAGCUUGAGAUGCUGGAGGAGGGAGAGAUGGUAGACAUCCCAGAGAUUGAAAAUGAUGACCUCAUAGAAGAAAACUCCCUAAGCGUGGUAGUAAGAUGCCUCAACCCAUCAGCUCAUAAAGUGGGAGGGCUCGUCAAAGCACUUCCACCUAUCUGGGGGCUAAAAGACAGAGUUCAUGGAAGAGGAGUAGGAGAGAACAGAGUCCAAUUCAUAUUUCAGUUUGAGCAAGAUCUCCACCACGUUCUCACUAGAGGUCCCUGGUUCGUAAAUGGCUGGAUAGUAUCUCUAGACCAAUGGUCCCCUAACCCGGGGCCAUAUUUCCUCAAAAGGAUACUCUUCUGGAUCAGAAUAAGAGGUCUCCCAAUCCACCUCUUGAAGAAGCAAGCAGUUGAGAGUCUUAUUGGACCUCUGGGAAAGAUAGAGAAGAUAGAACUGCACGCAAAAAACUCAUCCUCAGUGGAGUACAUCAGAGCCCUGGUAUGGAUUAAUACGGAGGAGCCACUGCAGUUCAGAAGAAUCGCUAGAUUCAAAUCAGGUGAAGUGAUACCCACAGAGCUGGAGUAUGAGAAGCUCAUCAAGAUAUGCUUCGCCUGCAAGCGACUGAUGCAUGAUCAGACCAGAUGCCCAGAAAAUACAAUUGCAUAUGGCCCCCCUGUACGAGGCCCUGCGUUGGGGAAAGAAACUCAACAACCUGAGAACAACAUCAGAAAGGCUUCCCAUCCAGGCUCAAGCUCCAGGAGUGGUCAUGUCCCAGCACAACGUUCAAAGACAUUGACGACCCCGAGAUCAACAAAAGCGCCAGAACAGCGCUACAAGGAGGACAUGAAAGGAAAGAGAGCUGCAACGGCUACAAGGCAAGUCUGGAAGCAGAGGACAGGCUCCAUAGCGAGCUCCGAUAUAGAGAAGCGAAACUCUAGAAGUACAGAGAACAACACUACCCCCCCCCCUCUACCUCCAAGCAAGCUCAAGUGGAAACAGGUCAAGCGCAGAAAAUAAAAAAAAGCAAUAUCUUCAGGUGCAAGCCAAGAAUCAAUAUCUGUUUUUGAAAGGCUUGGCAGACAGACUGAUAGUGCGGAAAAGGAAUCAGGAAACUCAGACAAAAAACAAGAAGGUAGAUUCAGCAAAGGAAGCCUUAGUCCCCCGUCGGUGUUUGAAAGGUUAAGCUCCCACGCUGCUAACUCUCCUGAACUUAAAAGAGGAAUCUUAGACUCAGCAUCAACCAAGAGAAGAAGAUCAAGCAAUAGUGGAGAGAGAGGCAACAAAAAAGCUCGCUUGGGAACUAAGGAAGACAACCUGUCUCCUCCUUCAGUUUUCCAGAGACUUGGUACACAAGGUAGAGGUUCUGAUGGCAAAAACUCCGGGGAAAAAUUACAUUCUGCUCAUGUAGCAGCCCAGAGCCCAAACCAUUCUGUCAUACGGAUAGCAUUGGAAAGUGGCAAAGUAGUUGAAGAAGGGUUGAUGGUGAAUUCCAACCCUUUGACACCCAAAUGAGACUACUGAGCUGGAACUGUCAGGGGGUGGGGAAUACCCCGACAGUUCGACAUCUACAAAAAGUGCUUGGUCAGUACUCUCCUGAGAUAAUAUUCCUCAGCGAAACCAAAAACAGAAGAAGAUACAUAGAAGGGCUAGUGGAAAAGUUUGGUUUUCAUGAUGUUAAGACAGUUGAGCCCUUAGGAAAGAGUGGCGGCCUAACAGUAAUGUGGAAAGAAAAUUGCAAGAUUGAGGUUCUGCAGGCCAACAAAAGGAUUAUCGAUAUGAAGGUGCAGUGGCAAGGGAAAGCUUUCUUCCUCUCAUGUAUCUACGGUGAGCCAAUCAAAAACAAGAGAAGCGUAGUCUGGGAGAGAAUUACGAGAAUUGGAGUCGCUAGAAAAGGGCCCUGGGUGAUGACUGGAGACUUCAAUGAGAUGAUUGACCCCUCAGAAAAGCUUGGUGGAGCUGAUAGGGAAGAAUCUGAAGGAAAGGAGUUUCGGCAAAUGCUCACAGCAUGCGGUCUUAACGACAUUAAGCACACGGGAUAUCAGUUCUUCUGGGCUGGUACAAGGAAUGAACAUACAGCUCAGUGCCGUUUGGAUAGAACAGUAGCUAACCAGGAAUGGCUAGAUAUGUUUCCCCAAGCUACUGCAUCUUACUUAAUGAAGGUCUGCUCGGAUCACAGCCCGAUCCUUACCUCCUUUAUGGAUCAACUCUGGAAGAAGAAAGCUGGCUUUAAGUAUGAUCAACGAUGGAUCAAGAGGAAGGCUUCUCCGAAACAGUUAAAAGAUCAUGGCAGAGCCAAAGCCUAAGCCAGUCAGGACUGAUGGGCAAGAUCUCCCAAUGCCGCAAAUCAAUAUCCGCAUGGAAGAGAAUGGCGAAACCCAACUCUGCUCUCAGAAUCCAAGAACUCCACCACAAGAUUGAUGAGGCAACAAAAAGUAUCACCAUCAAUAGCGAGAUGCUUAGUAGCCUCAGAAGCGAGCUGAAUGAUGAGUAUCAUAGUGAGGAGAUUUUUUGGAUGCAAAAGAGCAGGCUGCAAUGGCUACGGUCAGGUGACAGGAAUACAAAGUUCUUUCAUGCAGUCACCAAGAACAGAAGAGCUCAGAACAAAAUUUUAAGCCUCGUCAAUAAUGAAGGACAAGAAUGGUAUGCAAAGAAGAUCUGGGAAGAUUGGCUGAGACUCACUUUAGGAAUUUAUAUUCCUCCGAGGAUAUUGUAGUUCAACUCGCAAACUGGAGUGAAAUCUCCCCGAAGAUCACAGAUGACCAGAACUCCAUUCUUGUAAGGCCAAUGUCCAUAGAAGAAGUGCGCGAGGCAGUCUUUGACAUUAACCCAAGUAAAUGCCCCGGCCCCGAUGAAAUGAAUGGUUACUUCUUUCAACAGUUUUGGGACUCGACAAAGACAAAGCUAAUGAAGAUGGUUGAGGACUUCUUUAGAACAGGAAAGCUCGAAGAAGGCAUCAACAACACCAACAUUUGUCUGAUUCCAAAAAAAAUGUUUGCAAAGAAACUGGAUGAAUUCAGACCGAUAACUCUAUGUAAUGUGGCCUAUAAAAUCAUUUCCAAGCUACUUAGUAAGCGUUUGAAAUCUGUUCUCUCUGGUGCUAUCACUGAAACACAGGCCGCAUUUGUAGAAGACCAGCUGAUCUCAGAUAACAUUCUUGUUGCCCAUGAACUCCUCCAUGCGCUUAACUCCAACAACAAAUGCUCAAGGGAACACAUCGCCAUCAAAACGGAUCUUCAAAAGCUUUUGAUAGAGUCGAUUGGCCCUUCCUGGAAAAAGCUAUGUUAACCUUGGACUUCUCUGAGGAAUGGUGCAAGCUCAUUAUGGCAUGUGUGACCUCGGUGCAUUAUCAGGUGCUCGUCAAUGGAAAUCCACACGGGAAUAUCAGUCCAACACGAGGCAUUAGACAGGGGGUCCCUCUCUCCCCCUAUCUAUUUGUAAUCUGUACAGAAAUGCUGGUCCAAAAAUUCAUCAUCGCAGAGAAGAAAGGAGAAAUCACCGGCAUUUCAGUCGCGAGAGUAGCGCCAUCAAUCUCCCAUUUGCUCUAUGCCGACGACAACAUGUUUUAUUGUAGGCAAUCAGAUGAAGAACUCGAUUGCAUACUGUCCAUACUACAUGAGUACAGUCUCGCCUCAGGUCAGAGAAUAAAUUACCAAAAAUCGAGCAUUUAUUUCGGGAAGAAUAUCCAUCUUCAGAGAAGAGAUCAUGAUGAAGCUUGGUAUAGACCAGACGGGAGGGUAAGGAAUCUAUUUGGGUUUACCUGAGUCCUUUGGAGGCUCAAAGGUAUAUGUUCUGAGUUUCCUAAAGGAAAAACUGGAGCAAAAGAUGUUUGGCUGGCAAAAUCGAUUCCUCUCACCAGGUGGAAAAGAGGUGCUCUUGAAAGCAAUUGCCCUUGCUCUGCCAACUUACACAAUGAGCUGUUUUCUCUUACCAAAAACGAUAUGCAAGCAAAUCAUCUCCCUGAUGUCAGAAUUCUGGUGGAGAAACAACAGAGAGUCUCGUGGUAUGCACUGGAAAUGUUGGCACCACCUCACUCAAUCAAAAGACAAAGGGGGGCUGGGCUUCAAGAACCUAGAAGACUUCAAUGUGGCAUUGCUCGGCAAACAGCUUUGGAGACUCAUCACUCAUCCAGACUCCCUCCUCUGCAGAGUCUUUAAGACCAGAUACUUCCGCCCUUCAGAUCCAUUGAAUGCUACUUUAGGAUUCAGGCCCUCAUAUGCAUGGAGAAGUAUGAUUGCAGCACAAACUCUGAUCAAACAAGGUGCACGUGUGGUGAUUGGGAAUGGCAGGAGCACAAAGUUUUGGGAGGAAAGAUGGAUAGGAAGCAUGCCGGCUUCUAUGGUCACGUCAACAAAACAGGUAUCGCCUCAGCUCAAGAUGAGAGUUGCAAAAGCUGAGAAGGUCUGUGAUUUAAUGACACAAACCGGUAGAGAAUGGGACAUGGAGCUUAUUAGGAACAUCUUCCCCGAUGAAACUCAAGAGAGAAUCCUAGCCAUCAACCCCCAAGGAAUAAUCGGAGAAGACACCUACACAUGGGAUUUCUCCAAAACUGGUCACUACACAGUGAAAUCAGGAUACUGGGUCCAAAGAAAUGUUAUCAAUGUAAGCCAGAAGCACCAGGGAGCAGACCAGCCGAGCUUAGAUGGACUAUAUCAGCAAAUCUGGAA